AUGAGUAAACACGUUUUGAUUCAGAUGGUUUCGAUCAAGGUUAUUCGCAAUAAGCAUACUGGUUUAUCUGAAGGCUAUGGCUUUGUGGAGUUUCUUUCGCACGAUAUGGCUGAUAAAGUUUUGAAGAAGUUUAAUGGAACAUAUAUGCCGAAUACAGAUAUGCCUUUCCGUUUAAAUUGGGCCACCGGCGAGGAGAAUGAUCACGAGCUCUCUAUUUUUGUGGGGGGUUUGGCGCCAGAUGUCUCUGAUUCUCUAUUGUACAACACCUUCUCAGAGAUCUAUCCUUCGGUUAAAGCUGCAACAGUUGUCAUAGAUGCAUAUACUGGUAUAUCAAAGGGUUUCGGUUUUGUGAGGUUUGGAGAUGUAAACGAGAGGAUCAAAGCAAUGACGGAAAUGCAUGGCGUAAAAUGUUCUAAUAGAGCUAUGCUAAUUGGUCCUGCAACACCUAGGGAGACAAGAAGUUUUCGACAACAAGGAAUGUACAUGAAAAAUGAUGCAAUAAGUUAUCCUGCUAGGGAUGCAACACCUAAAUAUAACUAUGGAAACCAAUGGUUUGGGGCAUACUUUGGAGGACAGCAUUACAAUGGGUAUGGAUACAUGGUACCACAACCUCAUGACCCGAGAGUGUAUGCAGUUGCACCUUAUGGAGGGUAUCCAGUGUAUAGUGAUCCCCAGCAACAAGUUAGCCGAGGAAAUUGA